AUUAUUUUUUAAUUAUUUUUAAAACCCUUCAUAUUGCCCUACACAGAAAACUAACCCCGGUCAUCUGUUUCUGACUGAAGUGCCGCCUCCUCCUCCUCUUAGUCUGAUUCAAGCUCACUCACUCUCUCUCCGCCGGACCACCCCCAUCAGUCCACGCCGACCGGUCAAAAGGGCUUUUCUUAUCUUAGUUUUAUUCAUCUAUGCCUCAGUUUGAUUCAUAUCACUGUCACUAUAAAAAAAAGUUCAUUUUUUAGUAUUGGGUGAUCUGAAAAGUGUUUGUUUUUCAAUGCCAAGACUCAUUCUCAACUAGGUUUUGCACUAUCUCCAUGAAGCAUAGGGACUCAAACCAAAAACCCAAUUCAAAAUCUGGGAUUUCUGGUCACACCCACAAAAGAAUCGUUAUUGAAAACGUUUGUGAACCUAGAGCUGAGCCUAGUGAUGGCGUGGCGUUCCACAUGACCCUCUUAUUCUUCACUACCCGUACCCCUUGGGUUCGAGCCUCCAAAGUCGCCAUUGCCCAUUUCCAUGGUCUUGCCCAAGGAGGAGGAGGGUCUUGGUCUCGACCCUUCAAUGAAAAAGAGGUAAUCUUGAACCGAAAUUCCGAGGCUUGGUUUGUUAAGGUUGUCUGUACUCUAUUUGUUCGUUCUCAUUUGUCAGAUACUUGUUUGGGUUAUUUGAGUAAGAACUUGACCCCUUUGGUUGCUUUUGAGGUUGUUAGACGGUUAGACAAUCCCAAAUUGGGCUUGAAGUUCUUUGAGUUUAGUAGGGAGAGUUUGGGUCUUAAUCAUUCUUUUAAGACUUACAAUUUGCUUAUGAGGUCUCUUUGUCAAAUGGGUCUUUACGAUUCAGCCAAAAUGGUGUUUGAUUGCAUGAGGAGUGAUGGGCAUUUGCCUGAUAGUUGGAAAGUGGGAUUUUUGGUUUUGUCGUGUGCACAAGUGGGCAGGUUUGAUCUUGCCAAGAAAUUGCUUGCUGAGGUUCAGUGUGAUGAGGUUGGACUUAGUUCUUUUGUGUAUAAUAAGUUGUUGGAUGAGUUGGUUAAGCGGAAUCUAGUAGAUGAGGCUGUUUGCUUAUUUAGAGAGCAUAUGGGAUUGCAUUCUCAUUUGGAUACUUGCACUUUCAAUAUUCUUAUUCGAGGUUUAUGCAGAAUAAGAGAAGUUGAUAAAGCUUUUGCGAUUUUCAAUGAUAUGGGGAGUUUUGGUUGUUCUCCUGAUGUAGUUACAUAUAACACUCUUAUAAAUGGAUUAUGUAGGGUCAAUGAGGUAAAUAGAGGGCAUGAGUUAUUGAAGGAGGUUCAGUCAAGAAGUGAGCUUAAACCAGAUGUUGUAACUUAUACAUCGGUUAUAUCAGGUUAUUGCAAAUUGGGUAAAAUGGAGGAGGCCUCUGUUCUUUUUGAUGAGAUGAUCAGUUCUGGAAUUAAACCAAAUCCAAUCACUUUCAAUGUUCUCAUCAACGGCUUUGGUAAGGCUGGUGACAUGGUUUCUGCACUGACCAUGCAUGAGAAGAUGAUCUUUCUCGGUUAUUUUCCUGAUGUUGUUACCUUCACUUCCCUAAUUGAUGGGUAUUGUCGAACUGGUCAGGUAAAUCAGGGUUUGAAGCUUUGGCAUGAGAUGAAUGCGAGAAAUGUUACUCCCAAUGUGUAUACUUUUGCUGUUCUUAUCAAUGCUCUAUGCAAGGAGAAUAGAUUGCAUGAGGCUCGUGAUUUUUUGAGGCAGAUGAAGUGUCAUGAUUUUGUUACAAAACCAUUUAUGUACAACCCUGUAAUUGAUGGGUUUUGCAAGGCUGGCAAUGUUGAUGAGGCAAAUAAGAUCAUGGCAGAGAUGGAGGAGAAGAAAUGCCACCCAGAUAAAGUGACAUUUACUAUUCUCAUCAUUGGGCAUUGUAUGAAAGGGAGAAUGUUUGAAGCAAUCAACAUUUUUAGUAAGAUGUUAUCAAUUGGUUGUGCACCAGAUACCAUUACUGUGAAUUCUUUAAUAUCUUGCCUUUUGAAGGCUGGUAUGCCUAAUGAAGCCUUUCGCAUUAAGAAAACUGCAUCUGAGGACCUGCAUAUGUCAUCUUUGAAAAGAACCAUUCCUCUAAGAACAGAUAUGGAUAUUCCAAUGGCUAUUUAAUUGAAGGACUCCUACGGAAGUGGACUUAAAUUGUUGUCCCAAUGGUUGGACAAGGUCGUUCAGCCAUUUUCCCAUUGAGUUCAAAUGAAACAUGUCGAGCUUGUGGCGCAAAAGUUUGACAAGCAAGCUGGGAUCUAAUGGAUGUUUAGAAGACAUUUUUGGAACCCUGACUGAAAUUCAAUAGUAAAUGGUAGCAUUUUCUUUCUUCAUCACUGGCUUAGUAUCUUUUUCUGCUUCAAGCCUUCAAUAUCAUUCAACAGUUUAUUCACUGUCUCUCCAACCUCCUCCGCAAAUACUUCAUCGGAUUUGGACACAGAGGAACAAGCAUUGGAUCACAAGUCAAACUCUACUAACCAAACCAACCUUGUGAAACGUCACCAUAACACAUUCUCAGACCCUGCUGCCAAAUUUAUGUACGUGAAUCAUGGACAUCAUUAAACUCAAGCAGAUUGGCGACAAGAAUAAAUCUCUAAUAGAUGUAUUAAUUUAGAAAAUAUUUACUGUAAUUUUCCUUUUUAUACAACUGAUGUAAAGCAGAUUGUAAAUAUAUAUGCAAAACCUCUCGCAGAGUGUGAGGUCUAACACCAAUUAUUUUCUUCUUUAGUAGAAUUCUUUAGGUUAUUUAUUUAUUAUUUUUUUAGAGUAGAAGAAAAUUCUUUAAAUAUUAUAUUGUAUUUGUGGAAUUCUUCCAGAAAUAUUCAUUUGAAAUUGUGAAUCCAAUGAUACUGGCGGGAAGAAAAGAUUU